UGGCUAUUGAUUGAUGAUAUGAACCAAAAUGGGAAUCACUAAUUCUUCCCUGUUAAACUUUGCUUCAGUUCCAAUCAUUCACAAUGCAACCAAACAGAAUUCAGAUAGUCCAAUGGACAGUGAAUGCACAAAGCCGGUUCCAGCUGAAUGCCCAAUGCAUCAAGAAAUAAACAAACCGGUGCCUCCUCCUGAAUGUCCAAUGCACAAAGAACAGUCCAAAUCACGUUCUCAACAAAACCAGAACAAUGCAACAUCAGCUUCACCUGAUGGCAACAAAUCCUCAAUACCACCAUCAGCAGCGACAACAGCAAAAGCAGAGUCAUAUCCCUCAGACUGUCCCAUGCAUAACAGUGGUGCUGGAAUACCAAAUGUGCCAACAGCCUCGUCAGAAUGCCCGAUGAAUCAAGCCACAAAUGAAAAUAUUGAUCCUGCAAAUAUGAUGCCACCACCAAACCAAAGGCCCUCUGCUGACCAACCCUUUCCCCUCCCAUUGAAUCGAGAAGUAUCCUCAAUACCAAAAGCUGGUACCAAUGAGACUUGGGUUUAUCCUUCUCAACAGAUGUUCUGGAAUGCGAUGCUUCGGAAAGGGUGGCAGUGGCAUGCAGAUGACAUCAAACCAAAAGAUAUGGAAUAUAUUGUCAAAAUACACAACGCUAACAAUGAACAGGCUUGGCAAGAAGUCUUGAAGUGGGAAUCUUUUCAUUUUCAUUACUGUGAUACACCCAAGUUGAAGAAAUUUGGUGGCAAGGCUACAGAAUAUUCUCCAAGAGCAAGAAUACGGCAGCUUCUUGGCUAUCCACUGCCAUUUGAUCGUCAUGACUGGAUAGUUGACCGAUGUGGUCGAGACGUACGUUACAUUAUUGACUACUAUGAUGGUGGACAAGUGGAUAUGACAAACUUCCAGUUCACAAUUCUGGAUGUGAGGCCAGCAUUUGACUCAUGGAGUGCAUGCUGGGACAGGAUGCGAGCAUCAAUGCUGCGGUGGGCUGCCUCGUACAUGCCCAAGGAUCAACAGAACAUUGAAACUGGCUCUGUACCUCACAUCCAGCCAGGAUCUACACAAGACUCUUCUUCUUCACCUUCUUCUGGAAACGCCAGUUGAGAAUAUUUUCGCUUUAAAAAUUGACAGAAACAAAGUAGGGUUUUUUUUUUAUAAUUUAAUUUUUUUUUUACAUUAAGUUGAUUAAUAAAUUAUAAUUAUAAAU